UACACACAAAUUCAACGAGGGAAUUUUUCGUGGUCAUUGCGUAUUCUGAACUUCUGAUCCCAGUGAAGAGAUUGUCCCCAGCCAUGGCUGCCGUCACCUUCGCAUCCAUCAGCAGUGGUGCAGUCUCGAUUGCCGUUUCGAGUGCAGGAGCAUCCGAUUGCAAAGGCCGCCGCGUGGCUGUUCGUACCUGCCUAGCGUCCAGCUGGAGCCUCGCUGCGCGCAAUCUCUCUCUGCGUCCCUCCACCCAGACUUGCAAAUCCGCGCAACGGCCGUUCAGAAUGCGCGUGAGCGCGUCCUCCGCGGAAGCGGAGGCGGCGGCGGCGGAGGCGGGGAAGUUUAUUCCCGCUGCGCCCAUCCUGCUGCCCGAGGGGCCCUGGAAAGAGGUGGAGGGCGGGGUGGUGGCGGCGAGGGGCUUCAAGGCGUACGGCAAGUACGCGGCGCUGAGAGCAUCGGGGCAGAAGCCAGACCUCGCGCUCGUUGUGGCCGACUCCGAUGCCACCGUUGCAGCCACGUUCACUCAGAACGUGGUGGCAGCAGCGCCAGUGCUCUACUGCAAGAAGGCUCUGCAGGAAACCAGCACGGCUCGAGCAGUGAUUGCCAAUGCAGGCCAGGCCAACGCAGCCACUGGCGAUGCAGGCUAUGCGGACACUGUGGAGUGUGCUGAGUCCCUGGCUAAGCUACUGGGCGUGUCAGCAUCGUCUGUGCUCGUGCA